AGCGCGACGGAUUCAGAGGAGAUGACGCUCGCGGUGCGCGCUCAUCCCAUGUAUCCGCGGCUUGUGGAAGCGUAUUACGAGUGCCGGCAAAUUGGCGCUGAGGGUGAUGUGUUGGAAGCGCUCGAUCGAGAGCGCGAUGCGAUGUUGUACUCGGUUCAGGUGAUGAAUGAAGACGCGUCGAGCUCGGGCGGCGCGCAUGACGUACCGCAACGAGAUUUGGACCGGUUCAUGCGAGAGUGCACGCACGAACUUGAAUCGUACGUCAAGGAGCUACACGCGCUAUACGAAGACGCGAAGUCGUGCUGUCGAGAACUCGAGACGCGCGCGCGGAAAGUGCGUUCGGAUGUGGUGAAAAGCGCCGAUAUUCGAGGUGAAGCCGCAGAGAGCAAACGCCGAGCGCCGGCUACGGCGGCGGAGCACGCCGCGGCGAGCGGCGACUUUGAUCAGAUACUGUCUAACUCGCAACAGCGUCGCGACCACGAGGAACGACUCAGAGAAGCCCUUAAACGUAAGUACGCGAGCAGUAUUAUGACGCUCAAGUCGGAGUUCAUGCGAAAACGAAAGAAAGGCAAGCUUCCAGACCAAUCCACAGAGGUGCUAAAGAACUGGUGGUCCGAAAACAUCGUGUGGCCGUACCCGACUGAAGAUGAUAAGCGCGAACUCAUCGCGCAAACAAAACUCGACGCGACGCAGGUCAAUAACUGGUUCAUUAACUUUCGAAAGCGCCACUGG